AGAUGUCACGGCACUGUUGCUUCAAACGAUAAUGGUUGCGGGAGCCCUCUUUCUAGGGUUGACCGUAUCCAGAAUAGGCAGCAUCUUGGCAUGGACAAAGGCAAGCCUUCCUAUGAACCGGCACGAAUCAAAGGAAUCAAAUCCGGUAUCCAUCCCUGCCAACGCGCAGCUGCCAGAGGUUCAAAUCGAGCCCGCUGAGCCGCCAUCGGCGAGCCACCCCGUAACCCCGCAAACGACACCACAGCACAGUCCAGCCAGACCAGCAGUAGAAACCAAGAUCUCUGUCAAGAAGAAACGUAAACGGCGAAGGUCGACAGUGACUGCUGUCAUGAGUACAUCUGGCAUAGAAGCCUCCCGAUCGGAAAACGAUAUCUACCGCCUUCAACAUGAGCGGCGUGGAUCCCUUUCUCCGUCCGUGUUACGAACAUUGGGUACGGAGAACAAGCUAAACAUCCUCUCCAGAAGCCAAAAUCAGCUGAAAAAGCAUUGAAAGCUGAAAUGGGGAAUCAACAUGUACAUUUAUUUUAUCUAUAUAUGCAUUUUGUAUUCUUUUCGUAUAUAUAAUCAAUUACUCUCUGGC